CGCCACGUCAUCACCUUCCCUUCUAAACUACUGCACAAAUAAUGAAAACACCUCCCAAGAAAAAUCUUUUUUUGCCUUCUCUCUACCUUUAAAGUUCACUUCCAUUCCAUUCCAUUCCAUCACACACCGCUUAUUCUCAUAUGGCCACAGCCCUCUCCGUCCGGCCCAGCCGCGCAGUAGCCGGUUCAGACCGGCCCCGACCCACAAUUUUCCGCCGACCGGCCUCGGAAUCGAUCGCCAAGGCGCUCAAAUCGGGCCGCCGGCGACCGUGGGGUUUACUGUUCACCCACCGCCUGCCCGCCGCGCCGCCCCGAGCUGGCUCGCGUGCCGACGACUCCGUGCCGUACGAGAUGACGGUGGAGAAUGCUCUGAAAGUACUGGGCGUGUCGGAGGGCGCGUCCUUCGAUGAUAUUCUCCGAGCUAAGAAUACAGCCAUCGCCGCUUGUAAAGAUGACCAGCAAGCGAUUUCUCGGGUAGAAGCUGCAUAUGAUAUGCUCCUAAUGCAGAGCUUAUCCCAACGUAGGUCGGGGAAAGUCGUGAAUAGUGGCAUACGGUAUGCUGAUGUUACACCUGUAAAUCCUCCAAAAAUGGGCACAAUGCCCAAAUGGCUCAAGAACUCACCUGUCUUGGUUGAGGCACCAUCCACUAGCGAGAUAGGAGUGCAUGUUGGGGUUUAUGGGGCUCUAAUGGUGCUAACAUAUGUAAAUGGAGCUUCAUCGUUUUCUGCAGUAUCUUAUACUGGAGCUGAUGUACCUGGGCUCAUUUUAGCCACUGGCUUUGGGGCAUCUUUAUACUUGAUGACCAAGAAAAACGUCAAUUUAGGGAAGGCAACUGUGAUAACAAUUGGAGGGCUCGUGGCUGGUGCAGUGGUUGGCUCAGCAGUGGAAAACUGGCUCCAGGUUGAUAUUGUCCCCUUUAUGGGAGUACACUCUCCGGCUACUGUUGUGAGCGAAUUUAUACUCUUCUCGCAAUUAUUGAUCUCCUUGUACUUGAGAUAGAAUUAAAGCUCAGUUGCUGUGUAUAACCCUAACCCUUGGAGGGUCAUAAUCUAUGUUAGUUGACCAAAAAAAGCUUUAUCUAGGAUUUGUAUUUGAAUAUUACACUUGUAUAAAUUGAAUGUUCAGAACUUAUGUCAGUAAAUACAUUUCUCUCGUUAUAUAUUGUCUGGUGUGGUUGUUUUUAAACA